CAAAAAGCCCCUGUUGGCAGACGGCCGAGGCGAGCUGUCAGCCUGGCACACGUCUGUCCCAGCAUGCUCUGCGAAUGACGUGUCGGGAGAGUGAGUGCGCGACGACUGGAAUUUCUACAUGGCAACUUCGAGUAGAAGUGUCUAAGUAAACAGGGUCCGACUGCCUACGCCUGCCUAGGGCGCCCAGACACUGCGCCAGUGAUGCGCAGCGCCCGUCCUGCCGCGAUGCCGGCUCCAACCCUUUUCGUGGUCCUCUGUGCCCUUCUGCACGUCUCUCACGCGUUCUACCUGCCAGGACUCGCCCCCGUCAACUUCUGCAAGGCAGAAUCGGAGGAGACAAAGUGCAAGUCUGAUGUCACUCUCUAUGUCAACCGUUUGAACACUGAUGAAUCUGUUAUUCCUUUCGAGUACCACCACUUUGACUUUUGCCUUCCUGAAAAUGAAUAUGACUCUCCUGUUGAAAAUCUUGGGCAGGUGGUAUUUGGCGAGAGAAUCCGCCCAUCACCAUACAAGAUAAAAUUCCUUGAACCUAUUAAUUGUUCAGCUGUGUGCAAGAAGACUUAUCACAAAAACAACAAAGAUGAAAUGUCAAAGCUUCUACUUUUGAAACGUGGUAUUAGCCUUAAUUACCAACAUCACUGGAUUGUUGAUAACAUGCCUGUCACUUGGUGCUACUUUCUGGAUGAAGAACGUCAGUAUUGCAGUGAAGGUUUCCCUAUGGGCUGCUUUGUCAAAGAUAAGCGGGGCCUAUCUGACCUGUGUACUAUCAGCCCUACAUACAACAAGCCCAAUACAUACUAUCUGUUUAAUCAUGUUGAUCUGCUGAUUACUUACCACAGCGGAAGGAAUGAGGACUGGGGAACUGAAUUUGAGGCCAAUGGAGGUCGCAUUGUUUCUGUCAAAGUCACUCCACGAAGCAUCAAACAUGAGAGUAUGAAUCAACUGGAGUGUAAUCUGGAUAAGGCUAAACCUCUAGAAAUUCCAUAUGGUGAUCUUACUGAUGAUCUAGAAAUCAUCUAUUCCUAUUCAGUUAGAUUCCAUGAAAAUAACACGGUGAAGUGGUCAUCAAGAUGGGAUUAUAUUUUGGAAACUAUGCCGCACACAAACAUUCAAUGGUUUAGUAUCUUGAAUUCUCUGGUCAUUGUUCUAUUCCUCACUGGUAUGGUAGCAAUGAUUCUUCUGCGAACAUUGCACAAGGACAUAGCAAGGUACAACCAAAUGGAUUGUGGUGAAGAUGUUCAAGAAGACUUUGGUUGGAAGCUAGUUCAUGGCGAUGUGUUCCGCCCACCUCGGAAAGGAAUGUUGCUAGCUGUGUUCCUUGGUUCUGGAACACAAGUCUUCUGCAUGGUUCUUGUCACUCUUGCAUUUGCUUGUAUGGGCUUUUUGUCGCCCGCUAAUCGAGGAGCUCUCAUGACAUGUGCCAUGGUGCUUUUUGUUUGGUUGGGCACUCCUGCUGGUUACGUUUCUGCCCGAAUCUACAAAAGUUUUGGCGGAGAGAAAUGGAAAUCAAACGUACUCUUGACAUCCAUGCUUUGCCCAGGAUUUGUAUUUGGUCUCUUCUUUGUCAUGAAUUUGAUUCUGUGGGCCAAAGGAAGCUCAGCUGCUGUGCCGUUUGCUACACUUCUGGCUUUACUGGGAUUAUGGUUUGGAGUAUCUGUUCCUCUCACUUUUGUAGGAGCUUAUUUCGGUUUCCGGAAAAGGAUUCUGGAACACCCAGUGAGAACAAACCAAAUUCCUCGUCAAAUUCCUGAUCAGAAUUUGUAUACUCGCCCUAUUCCUGGAAUUAUAAUGGGUGGCGUCCUUCCAUUCGGUUGCAUAUUUAUUCAACUAUUUUUUAUUCUGAACUCUAUUUGGUCAAGCCAGACGUAUUAUAUGUUUGGCUUUCUCUUCCUUGUUUUUAUAAUAUUAGUCAUCACUUGCUCUGAGACGACAGUUUUGCUGUGCUACUUCCAUUUGUGUGCAGAGGAUUAUCAUUGGUGGUGGCGCAGUUUCCUAACUUCUGGGUUCACAUCAUUUUAUUUGUUUGUUUACUGUAUUCAUUAUUUUGAGACCAAACUCAAUAUUGAGGAUCCAGCUUCAACCUUCUUGUAUUAUGGUUACACCCUUAUCAUUGUGUUCCUUUUCUUCCUGCUCACAGGAACUAUUGGAUUCUUCGCUUGCUUCCUGUUUGUAAGAAAGAUCUACAGUGUAGUAAAGGUAGAUUAAGAAAAGUAUAUCUCUCCAACCAACAUUGCUUCUGGAUGUAAAUCCAAACAGCGAUGGAUCUUCAUUUCUGCCAUGUGUGGACAUUAACAUGAUGCAGGUGCACUAUUGUUUUAACAAUGUCAGUACUGAAUGGCUUACCAAUACUUUUCCUUUGUUAUUUAUUUUAAUUUUGAUGAAUGUUAGAGAAACCUGCAAUUCAUUGUGGAGUGCAACCUGUAGAAGCAUGAGUUUCUUAUGUUGUGUUCUUUAGAACAAUGCCAUUCUGAAAUUCUACCAACCAAUCGUCUAUUCACAACCAUACCAUGGUUGUUUACAUUGUGCUGGCAUCAAAUCUGUAUAUUAACUUUUACUAUCCUUAGUAUUCUUCUGCUCAAGUCCCGAGAAUGAUGUGAUAAUUUUCGCAAGUCUAUUUAAUACUUCUGCAUGUAGGUUUUAUAUUGGACAUGUACAGUGUGACCCAUUGGGAACAUGUUUUCAGUUUGUGUUUUGAACCUUUAAUUAAUCGUCGAUUGUUGAGGAACAUUCAUUUUCUUUUCUAAAGAGCGCAAACUAAAAAAGAACAAGAAAAUUUCAGUCAGUGUUACUGUCUUUACUUCACAUAAUCAUGUGAUAUUUUUUCUCUUAAAUGGAGCACUACUAAUCAAAUGUUAUCAAAACUGGCACGAGCCUUUGAAAUGACUGGAUGACCACUUCUUGGAAGAUCUCUUCUUUGCUUUAGAAAAGAAAUAAAGUUUUCAGUAUAUUUUUCCUAAUUCAUUAUUGGCUGUUGGCUACCUAUUUCAGCCUUCAAUUUGAAUCAGGCAUCCGGUAUGUCAUAUUUAGAAUUGUACGAGGAAUUAAGAUUUUGUACUCAUGCGGAUGCGGAUUGUCAAGGAUUUAUCUAUCUUAUUUUUAGGUAUUUUUUUUUUUUACUUCCAAUCAAGUCUGUGACCUAUGUUAGUGUUAACUAAGUGAAAAAUGGGGUUCAGAGAAGAGUGACAUUUAUUUGACUAUGAUGUAAUAGCUCAAAAUAGGUUAUUUGACCUUUUUGAGAAAUGUAGCUUUAAAUAAAUCUUACUAUUUGUUUUAAACUUUUAGAGAAAUACGACACCAUUAUCGAGCUUAGUUUGUAAAUUAAAAUAGUUACAGAUUUUCUCAAACAGCUUACCUUUUUUUUUUCUUUUCCUUUUAGUUCUAUAACUCUGCAAAGACUUAAUUUAUUGUUUGAGAUCUGGUCUUGUCGCAGCAAAAAUCUGGUUUCAUUCAGUGGUUUUGCUUUCGACUGAUUGCUGUGUAAUUGAAUUCAAAUUACUUAUUAUUAUACCUCUUUUCGUUCGAUGCUGGCAGUAUUCCAUUACUGUGAGCAAUUUGUUUUUCCAGUCCUAUAGUUGUUGGAACACGACUGAUUUAGCAAGCUGUGUCUUGAUGUGAUAGUGGCAUUUUGGUUUAGUUUCUUCUUGUUUUGUUUUCAAGGGCAGUUUUUUUUUUCAGUUUUCUUCUUGUUUUUUGUUUUUUUUUCUCUUCAAAAUUCCAAUUCUAAUUUGAUUUGAUUUGUAAAAUUACCAGAAAUGAAAGGCUUUAGUGUGAAUAUUAAAAGUGACUUUCUUAACAUUA